GAUAUGUUCCCAAAAAGUACGAGAAUCUUGUUCGUACUCAAGGCUUUAAGAUAUAUGUGGAUGACCAUCGUGAGGAGAUUUAUCAGCCGCCUCCACCUCGCUUUGGAUACAAGGGGAAUACGCUCGGAAGUUCUCAUGCUCCCGCGGAGGAAAUCAGAGCGGGUCCUGGAAUGUUCAACAAUUAUCCCCAGAAGGAGACUGUCCCCAUUCGCGUGAAUUUGGCUGUCGGACGUUCCAUCACUCUGAAUGUAACGGAGGAUUGGAACUGCGAAGAUUUGUAUGCCGCUGUGGCCGAACAAACACCGGAUUUGAAUUUUGAGUUGAUGACCGCGUUUCCUCCUAAAAAGAUUGGCUGCACUUCAGAUAAAGUUCUAAAGCAAGGAUUGGGCAAAACGGUGAUUCGGCAAGUGAAACAUUCGUGUGUUUGUUGAAAUACGUUUUAUUUUUAAAAUUAGGUUGUGGUAUCAUUUGGGAAUCAACGAAUCACUCCUACUCUUCAUUUGAUUCUAUUUAAAUGGAAAUGUAAAUUUAAAACAAUGUUACACAUAUUUCCAGACCCUUGCAAAAUGGAGGGAGAUUUCCAUACAUACAACUCGUGUCCUUUACAGUACAUAUAAAAAGAAACACAAGUAGAGUACAGAUGACAAAAAUAACUCUGAAAGAGCCAUUUCCAUGUUACAAACGAUCCUUUUCCAAAAGGAUGUAUCUGAGAACGAGUUGUGUUCAGUCUGUAAACAACUCUGCGACUUCCUAUUCAAUUUUAACUGCAUUGGUUGAUUCGUAUACACAGAAGCAAGCCACUAAUAAAAAUGCAUUGCAAUAAAACUGAAUAACCGUCCAAACCAUCCCAACAUUUAGAAAUAGUGCCUAUUUUUCAAUAUCUAAACUAACGAUAAUAUCGCUUCUUUGUUGAAAUUGCCAUGGUACGACUGUAGCGAGUCUGACUCAUUGAACAGUUUUCAUUGAUAUCGGGGUUUUGUAAAUGGUACAACAGCAAGAAGGAGGUAUUUUUACUGAUCGUUGGGCUUGAUAACGCUGGAAAGACAGUGACUCCUAGCACGUUGCCAUAACGUUUAGACCUUCCUGGAGCAAAUGAAGGGCGUUUUUAGUAAUACUCCCGUACGAGCACUCGACCGCAUUCCUCCAACCGUUGGCUUAAAUGGUAGUCCUUCUGGACGAAGUUCACUGUAGUUGCUACUAUAGAGAUUGAGGACGCUCGUGUUGUGAUUUGGGACGUCGGUGGUCAUGUUUCCGUCGUGUAGAAAUGUUGAUCCCUAGAAAUCCAUGCGUUCGAUGUGGAGCAAAUACUACCGAGACUGUCACGGUGUGAUCUUUCUCGUAGACAGCAGCGAUCCGGAUCGUUUUAAGGAAGUGAAAGAUGAACUUCGUAGCAUCAGGUUGUGUGGUUGAUGUGCAGGCGAUUUAGCAGCAAACACGGAUUUGGAGGACCUCCCGAUUCUGAUUUGUGCGAAUAAGCAAGACUUGGCAGAAGCUGUGGAUCCGGAAGUGAUUCGCAACGUUCUGGGGAAUGUGAUAUCGGAGCAUAAGCACACUCACGCUUUUCGUUUUCAAGGAACGUCCGCAUUGACGUGCGAGGGAAUUCGCACGGGCGUGUCAUGGGUGGUGGGCCGCGCAGAGCAAACGAACCGUGCGAAGCUGGCGCCUUCGAAUUAGCGGAAUCGAGUGUUUUUUGUAAAUUGUCUUUUCAGCUUUUUGUUGGAAUCAUUCGAAUGAAACGCCCCAUUAGAACUCAUUUUUUGUUUCAAAUUGAGGACCUGCUUGAACGAUGGACUAUGCUGCAGGUGUAGAUAUUGUGAAUGAGAGCCAGUUUGCCGAUGGGACACUGACUUCCCAAAAGCGAAGAGUGGCCUAUUACUACGACACGGAGAUCGGAAACUACAGUUAUGGAAAGCAUCAUUGUUGGAAACCGCACCGCGUACGAAUUGUUCACCACCUGCUGCUGGCCUACGAUCUCUGCAAAGAAAUGGACAUGUUUAAACCAGCGCUCACGGAUUACAAGGACAUCAUGCGCUUCCACUCCGACGACUAUGUGAACUUUUUGCGAACGAUCAAUCCUGACAACGCUGCGAGCAUGCAAAAGGAGCAGAUCCAGUUCAACGUGGGCGAGGACAGUCCGGUGUUCGACGGGCUCUUCGAUUACAUCCGCUCCUACUGCUCCGGAUCGAUCGGCGGCGCGUGCCGGCUGAACGAAGGCCUCUCCGACGUCGUGAUCAACUGGUCGGGCGGUCUGCACCACGCCAAGAAGUCGGAAGCCUCCGGAUUCUGCUAUGUGAACGACAUCGUGCUGGCGAUUUUAGAACUGCUCAAAAAAUUCACGCGCGUGCUGUACAUCGACAUCGACAUCCAUCACGGCGACGGCGUGGAAGAAGCCUUCUACACGACCAACCGCGUCAUGACCGUCUCCUUCCACAAAUUCGGCGACUUCUUCCCCGGCACCGGCGACAUUUCGGACAUCGGAUUCGGCGAAGGAAAAGGAUACUCGCUCAACUUCCCGCUCCGCGCCGGCAUCGACGACGCGAACUUCGUCGCGAUCUUCGAGCCGGUGAUCCGCGGCGUGAUGGAACACUAUCAGCCGGAAGCAAUUGUGUUACAGUGCGGCGCGGACUCGCUCUCCGGCGACCGUCUCGGCUGCUUCAAUCUCUCUUUAAAGGGCCACGCGCAGUGCGUGAAGUUCGUGCGGUCGUUCGGGCUGCCGACGCUGGUGCUGGGGGGCGGCGGAUAUACGGUGCGGAACGUAUCGCGAUGCUGGACGUACGAAACGGCGAUCGUGCUGGGGAAGGAGGUGAAGAACGAACUGCCGUUCACGGACUAUCUGGAGUAUUUCGGGCCGGAUUAUUCGCUGCAGAUCACGCCGAGGUGGGAGAGAAGGGGGGAGAUGACGCGUAGCAACAUGGAGAAUAUGAAUGAUGCGAAGUAUCUGAACGCGCAGCUAGGGACGCUGAUGAGGCAGCUGGAGGCGCUGGAGGAUGUGCCGGGGCUGCAGAUCGAGAGUGCGGAGAAGCCGAAGGUGAUGAUGGCGGGAGGGGUUGAGUGUAGACGCCGAAUCGGGUGA